CGGUUAUUCAUUCCUCGCCUUAUCGUCUCACACAGCCCCCCCAGCCGACCCGCGCUCGCAAACGGGUGUCCGUACAAAUGCCAUGAAAUCAAGCGGUAGCAGCGGCUCAGCCAGCGGGAUCCGCCACCAUUUUACAGUCAGGUCCUCUUGCCCUCCACUGCGCAGAAACGGAGACAAACGCGCGCCGCUGGGCGACCUGGGCGCUCAGCGUGUCGAAACCCCGAGAGCUUCGCGUGGGACCUUCAGGGCGCUGCGGGGACAGAGCCGCCCCAGACCGGACCACCGUGCACGGUCCCUGCUGCCGUGCGUGGGACGACUCGGAGAUAUUUUUAAACAAGAUCUGCGGGGCGAAGGCCAGCCGGUGAAGGACAGUGCAGCUGGCACCCGCGGGCGGAUUUUGAAGUGCAUCUGAGGGACUGUUUCACUCCCCCCCCCUCCUUGUUUUUUUCCGCCUGGGGGGGGGCGAACCGAGAGGUCGAGAUCUGCUACAGCAUCGUUGUCUGUCUCCCCCCCCCCGCGAUACGUUUUUAUUCAGAUCCCCCCCCCACCCUACCCCCCCGGACAGAAGCCCACCCGUGUUCCUGGGGGUUCUGCAGGGGCCGGGGGUAGCGCCGAGCCCGAGCGUGUCCCCAUGUCUGCGUAGAGCCAUGAAUAUGAGAUCCACUGUCUUCGCCAGUGGCUGCUACAAGCUGGACGCGGAGAAGAUCGAGCUGGAGCGACUGCAGGCGGGCAGUGGCGUCAGGAGGGAGCCCCGCGACUUCGCCGCCGACGUGCACCCCGACGUCCUGGGGGACAUCCGCAACAGCGGGGGUCAGCCGCACCCGGGCAGCAAGGCCAAGAAGCUGAGGGAGGCCCAGGCCAGCAAGGCGGCCCGCACGCCCGUGGCGGCGGGGCAGAACAAGGCGCAGGGGGCGGCCGUGGGGCAGGAGGAGAACUGGGUCAGCCUGGGGGCGCUGACGGCCCCGGGGAAGCCGAUGGGGGGCGAGGGCACCCCGGCCAAGAGCAAGACCCUGUUCGGACAGACCCACAGCUCCAUGGGCAAGACGGACCCGCCCGCGCUCAACGCCGCCGGGAGGAGCGCGGAGGGGCCCGAGAGGGGGGCCCCCGCCCCGGCCGGGGGGCCGCCGGAGCUGGGCUCGGAGGGCAAGUGGAAGACCGGGCGGAAGGCGCCCGGCCACAGCCCCACGCAGGCCACCUGCCUGCGCCAGAUCCUGCUGCUGCAGCUGGACCUGAUCGAGCAGCAGCAGCAGCAGCUGCAGUCCAAGGACAAGGAGAUCGACGAGCUGAAGGCCGAGAAGGAGACGUUGCUCGCGCGGCUCGAGCGCAUGGAGAGGCGGAUGCAGCUGGUGAAGAAGGACUCCCGCGACAAGCAGAGGCUCUUCCAGUCCCCCGACUCCGAGGACCAGGGAGGGGAGGCCGAUACCCCCGAGAGAGAGGAAUUCCCGGAGGGCGGCGGGUCGGAGAGCCCGCAGAUCCACAACGCAAAGCCCCUUCCCUUCAGCCGUGCCAUCAAGGGCCCCAAACGAAAGUUCUCCUUCCUGGACUCCCAGAAGACUCCCAAAUCCCGAGGGAAGUCCUCCAAGCUGUCCCCGCAGAAGGAGUCGGAGUCGGAGGGCGGCUCGCCCUGCCAGCGGGAGCUGCGCAGCAAGGAGACGCCGGAGAAGACGUCGGCGGGGGGGCGGCCGCCGGGCGACACGCCCCCCCAGCCCCGGGAGGAGCCCGGCGGCGCCGCCGCGGAGAUGGAGGAGCUGCCCUACAUGGCCACCACGGAGAUGUACCUGUGCCGCUGGCACCAGCCGCCGCCCUCGCCGCUGCGCGAGCCCUCGCCCAAGAAGGAGGAGGUCGUGGCCAUCCCCUCCUGGAGGGAGAACACGAUCGAGCCCCUGGAAGAGGCCACGGCGUCGGACAUCGCGGAGAAUUUGGAUGACGGCGCGUUUCUCAAACGGCACGCCAAGCUGGAGCUGGACGAGAAGAGGAGGAAGAGGUGGGACAUCCAGCGAAUCCGCGAGCAGCGCAUGUUUCAGCGCCUGCAGCAGCGCAUGUACAAGAAGAAGGGGAUCCAGGAGAGCGAGCCGGAGGUCUCCUCCUUCUACCCCGACACCGACGACGUGGAGUCCCUGAUGAUCACGCCCUUCCUGCCCGUCGUCGCCUUCGGACGGCCGCUGCCGAAACUGACCCAGCAGUAA